GGCGGGAGCUGCGUGCGGGAGCGCGUUCUCGCUGCUAAAUGGGGCCAUUGAGUUGGGCUGGCGCGAUGGGAGCGGCUGUGGCGGCCUUUUACGUGACCGCUGCUCCCCACUCCGCCCUCGGGGGAGAUUCUGGGGAACUGAUCACAGCUGCCUAUGAGCUUGGAGUUGCUCAUCCUCCGGGCUACCCGCUCUUCACUCUUUUGGCUAAGCUGGCCAUUGAGCUUUUCCCCUUUGGUUCUGCUGCAUAUCGUGUCAAUCUCCUCUGUGCCUUGUUGGGGGCAGCUGCAGCAUCGCUUCUGUUUUAUACAGUUGUCAGGCUUUCUGGCUCGCAGGCAGCAGGAAUCUUUGCUGUGGGGAUGUUUUCGUUUUCCCGUCUAACAUGGCAAUGGUCUAUCACAGCAGAGGUUUUCAGCUUAAACAAUCUGUUUGUGGGGCUGCUGAUGGCACUUUCUGUGCAAUUCGAGGAAGCAACAACUGCAAAAGAGAGAUCAAAGAUCUGUAAAGUGGGUGCCUUCUCUUGUGGACUUAGCAUGUGCAACCAACAUACCAUUGUGAUCUACGUGCUUUGCAUUGUUUUGUGGGUUUCUUCUCGCUUGUUUAGGGAGCGUGAGCUGACCCUGAGCAAUGCGCUGAAGUUAAGUUUCUGCUUCUUGGCUGGUUGUCUGCCUUAUCUCUACUUGCCUAUCUCUGCCUACCUUAAUAAAGCCCGCUGGACCUGGGGAGACCAGACAAGCUUUAAAGGAUUUAUGACCCAUCUUCUCCGGGAAGAGUAUGGCACAUUCAGCCUGGCAAAAUUGGAAAAUGGAUCCAGUACGACUGAUGUAUUGCUUUUUCAGGUGACCCACAUGAAGAUGGAGCUUUCCCUCGUUGUCCAGGUCUUUGCGAUUGUGGCAUGUGUAUGCUGCGCAGUGAGGCCGAAGACAGAGAAGUCACAGUUGAUUUGGCUGUUUACAUCAAUGUUACUGACAUACUCUUUUUUCUUUGCUUGGAGGGCAAAUUUGGAUAUUUCAAAGCCCCUGUUUAAGGGGGUGGUCGAGCGAUUCUGGAUGCAAAGCAAUGCAGUGAUUGUCGUUCUAGCUGGCUUUGGCUUCUCUUUGCUCUUUUUUCUUGGCGAGAUAUUUAUUGGAAACAGCAGAAUGAUUUACAGUUUGGAAUGGCUUCUGGCAGCUGUUCUUGUUACUGUUCAAAUCUAUUCCAAUUACAGUGUCUGUGACCAAAGUAACAACAAAAUUGUUCACCGAUUUGCCAUGAAUCUUUUGUCCUCCAUGCCUCCAAAUGCCAUCAUCUUGCUAAGAGGGGACCUGCCUGGGAAUUCUCUGCGCUACGUGCAUCAUUGUGAGGGUAUAAGACCUGAUAUCACCUUAGUUGACCAAGAGAUGAUGACUUACCAUUGGUAUUUGCCAAAGCUGGCUAAACAUUUACCUGGUGUCACCUUUCCUGGCGACCGUUGGAAUCCUGUAGAAGGGCCAUUACCUGAUGGAACAAUCACAUUCAACCUUCAUCAUUUCCUCAAAGUAAAUAGACACAAAGACACCUUUGUUUGUAUUGGACUCCAUGAAGGUGACCCUACCUGGAAAAAAGAGUAUUCCCUUUGGCCCUGGGGCUCUUGUGAUAAACUGGUAUCUUCAAAAGUUCCCUUUGAUCCUGAAAUGUGGGUUGAGCGUACCCAAAAUCUCUACAACUGGACUGAGGAAUAUGGAAGGUUUGACUCAUCAUCCUGGGAGUUGGUAGCAAAUGAAGAGAUGUGGCAAGCCAGGAUGAAAACAGCCUUCUUUCUUUUUGACCUUGCAGAAACUGGUUCCACAUCUGCGCAAGAGAAAGCAAAGCUUUACACACUUGCUUAUAAGCUGUACAAGGAAAUUGUAAACACGUAUAAAACUUAUCCAGUGAAUUGGCACAAAAAUUACGCCAUCGCCUGUGAGAGGGUGCUGCAUCUUCACCCAGCGAGGGAAGACCCAGAAGUGCUACUCUUAGACAUCAUCAAACACUUCCGCCUUUACUUGGAGAAAGCUGCAGAUGAUCCCCAGCAGAGCAGUAUUUUGCAAGCCAUAAAGCAUAUGAAGAAAGAACUUCGGGAAGUGAGAAAGCUGAAGAAGGCAGCGAGGCGACCUGCGUAGGACAUGCUGAGCUCAAGGGAAAAUCCGUUGGGGACGAAACGAAGAGUAAGAGAAGGAUUAUGUAGACAGAAACAAAACAAGCUUAAAUGCCGUGUUUUAGAUAGGAGGAAAAGACUAAUCAAAAGAAGGGUUUGGUGGUAUAAAGAAGCAUAAACACAGGCUGGGGGGAUUGAAUUGGGAUUUCCCCCCCUUUUGACGUUACAGUGUGAGGGUCAUUAAACGAAGCUGAAUAUUGGAGAGUCUAACUGAAACUUCUUAACACAGUAUGUUAAUAAUUAGAGCCCUGGCGGCGCAGUGGUUAGAAUGAAAUAUUGCAGGCUAACUGCCCAUCACCUUGAGUUUGAUUCUGACUGGCUGAAGCUUGACUUAGCCUUUUAUCCUUCCAAGGUUGGUAAAAUGAGGACCCAGAUUGUAGGGGGUAACAUGCUGACAUUGUAAACUGCUCAGAGAGUGCUGUGAAACACUGUGUAGCCGUAUAUAAGUUAAGCACUGUUGCUAAUUUGCUUCCCUGCCAGCUACCGUCAAGUCUCCCUUGAGGUCAGCUCUGAUUAUAGCAGGGGUCCCCAACCUUUUGGACCUCAGGGACCACCCAACUCAUAAUUUUAAAUCCCGCAGACCAGAG